CUCUUUUUCAAUUUCAUUGGCUCUGACAUUUUGUUUUUAAUUAAAAAGGAAGAAACAAACAAAAUGUGAAUCCUUGUGAGUUGGCUCACUGGCAAAAAAGAAAGAAAAAAAAUUCAGAAGCCUUUGUUUUCAUCGAUGAAUAAAUUAACAAACAAAACUAAAAAAUAGGAUAUUCGCUGGCCGAAUCGCGUCGAUCCACAUCGCAGGUGAGGGUUCCUGCAAUUUAUCCCUCGUGGUCUCUGAAUCUCAGAUCGUCGUCAACGAAUCCUCCAUUUUCUGAAUCAAAAUUUUCUGGAAACAAUGGGGAGCUUGGGGACGAUGCUGAGAUAUCCGGAUGACAUAUAUCCGCUCCUGAAGAUGAAACGAGCGAUUGAGAAAGCGGAGAAGCAGAUCCCUCCUGAGCCACACUGGGGUUUCUGCUAUUCGAUGCUCCACAAGGUUUCUCGAAGCUUUUCUCUCGUUAUUCAGCAACUCAACACCGAGCUCCGUAACGCCGUGUGUGUGUUCUACUUGGUUCUCCGAGCUCUUGAUACUGUUGAGGAUGAUACUAGCAUACCAACUGAUGAAAAGGUUCCCAUCCUGAUAGCUUUUCACCGGCACAUAUACGAUACUGAUUGGCAUUAUUCAUGUGGUACGAAGGAGUACAAGAUUCUAAUGGACCAAUUUCACCAUGUUUCUGCAGCUUUUUUGGAACUUGAAAAAGGGUAUCAAGAGGCUAUCGAGGAAAUUACUAGAAGAAUGGGUGCAGGGAUGGCCAAGUUUAUCUGCCAAGAGGUAGAAACUGUUGAUGACUACGAUGAAUACUGCCACUAUGUUGCUGGGCUUGUUGGUUUAGGUUUGUCGAAACUCUUCCUCGCUGCAGGAUCAGAGGUUUUGACACCAGAUUGGGAGGCGAUUUCCAAUUCAAUGGGUUUAUUUCUGCAGAAAACAAACAUUAUCAGAGAUUAUCUUGAGGACAUUAAUGAGAUACCAAAAUCCCGCAUGUUUUGGCCUCGCGAGAUUUGGGGCAAAUAUGCUGACAAGCUUGAGGAUUUAAAAUACGAGGAGAACACAAACAAAUCCGUACAGUGCUUAAAUGAAAUGGUUACCAAUGCGUUGAUGCAUAUUGAAGAUUGCCUGAAAUACAUGGUUUCCUUGCGUGAUCCUUCCAUAUUUCGGUUCUGUGCCAUCCCUCAGAUCAUGGCGAUUGGAACACUUGCAUUAUGCUAUAACAAUGAACAAGUAUUCAGAGGCGUUGUGAAACUGAGGCGAGGUCUUACUGCUAAAGUCAUUGAUCGUACAAAGACAAUGGCUGAUGUCUAUGGUGCUUUCUAUGAUUUUUCCUGCAUGCUGAAGACAAAGGUUGACAAGAACGAUCCAAAUGCCAGUAAGACACUAAACCGACUUGAAGCCGUUCAGAAACUCUGCAGAGACGCUGGAGUUCUUCAAAACAGAAAAUCUUAUGUUAAUGACAAAGGACAACCAAACAGUGUCUUUAUUAUAAUGGUUGUGAUUCUACUGGCCAUAGUCUUUGCAUAUCUCAGAGCAAACUGAGUGAUCCAUGUAAGCGAGUCUGAUUGUAUCACCAUCAUUCAAGAUGUUCAGAGCAAAUUUGAGUGAUGAAGUAAUCUAGGUUGAUUCUUAUUCACGCCACUGAAUCCUAAGCAAGAUUGUUUCCAGAACAAACAGAGUUUAAGCAUGGUUUAGUCUAAAACCAUGGAUUCUAUUUUAGUUACUACCUUCGUUAUCUAAACGUGCAUUUGUUCAUCUAUUUUUAUUCCUUGUGUUUAAAGUUCUUUCUUUGUUUAGUUGCGUUUCUUCUUUCGUUCUCUUUUGGCAUGUUUUAAGAUUAAUUUUACCAACAACAACCAGAUAAAAUCCAAAUGCAAUAAGAAAGAAAGAAAAAUGACAAUCGAAGACUGA